AUGAAACCAUAGGCUGUUCCUUAAUCAGUAGCAUAAAGUGAUCAAGAAUUGGAUAAAAAUCAUCAUGAAAGUUAAGCAGAUGAUCAUGGUGAUGAGCAUCACUUUAAAGAGUAUUCAGCUAAGGAGCUUAAGACCAUUAAAAUUUAAGGGUUUGUUUGUAUACUUGGUGGUAUUGCUCUUCAUUUUGUACUUGGUACAUUUUAUCUAUGGGGAGGCAUAAGUAAGAUAAAUCUACUAAUAUUAGGUCCUUAUGUUGGUGCUUACAUGAAGAAUAGGGAUCAAAAUGUCACAUAAUCAACACUUUAGAUUGUGUUUCCAAUUUUAGGAAUAGCUACAAAUUCUGUUCUUUCUUUUGGAGUUAAGUUAGCACAAAGAAUAGGUUUUAAAACUAUGAUAGCUGGAGCUGGAUUCUUGAUUUCCCUUGCAUUUCUAAUACUGUCCUUUAUUAACAAUAUUUACGGCUUUAUCUUUAUAUAUUGUUUUAUGAUAGGCAUUCCCUCAGGAUUAGUUUAUAUGUUGCCAAUUAGUAAAUUAUUUUAUAUUAUUUUUUAGUUUGUGGAUGGAAAUACUUCCCAUUUAAUAGAGGAAUGGUUUCAGGUUUAAUUAUUGCUGGUUAUGGAUUUGGAGCAUUUACAUUCAACUUUAUAUGCAAAGCUAUUUGCAAUCCCAAUANAUACAUUAUUAUCGUCAUUGCUAACAAAUAGUGA